AUGACAGUUCUAAGUGAGGAAACACCGAGCAGGGAGGAGUGUUUCGUGACCCUUAAAAAGAUCCCAAAAGUUCAUGGACGUGCAAUCAUCGGUGUAUCUUACAUACAGGAUCCUUAUUCAUUGGAAGACUACUUAAUUACAUGCGCACAUGAUUCCUUGAAAGUAUGGCAUGUGGAUAAAAGUGACCCAGGUUCAUUAACUGAGAAGCAAGAAAUCAAAGGAUGGAGGAGCGGAGCGCAGGAUUUUGAUGUUACACCUGAUGGCGCAAUGAUAGCAGUUGUUGGUAUCGAUUCUUUAUUGCAUGUGUUUAAUUUAUCCUUAUCUGACUUCACAUAUAAUGGCGAUAUUUUCAAUAUGGGAUUCAUGGAACAGUGGUAUGUCAGAAUAUCACCUUGCCGAACUCGUUAUCUUACAGUAAGUUUUUCUGGAUUUCUGUCGCGGUUAUCUCUGAAAGGUGCUGCUGAUAAUAACCUCAGUUUUCCCGGAGCACGACAGGUUUCUUCGUUAUCGUAUAGCCCAGACAAUAAAAUGAUUGCUGUAGCUAACAAUGAAGGCAUUGUCACGAUACUCAAUGCACCAAAACUUGAAAUUCGGUUUUUUUUUGAAGCACAUGCAAUUAAAGUGAGGGCAACAUGUUUUUCUCCUUCAUCGGAUAGUUUGUUGACUGGCUCAGAUGAUAAGAUCGUCAAACUUUAUACGAUCCGUAUAGACAAGGCACAACUGGUUAAAAGUUUUUGUGGUCAUCGAAGUUGUAUUACGGCAGUCAAAUAUAACUCUCGAGAUCCGCAAAUGUUUGCAAGUUCAUCGAACGAUGGAUCUGUAAUUCUGUGGAGUACUACACAAGACUCUGCACUUCACGUUUUUCAAGGAGCUCAUGAAGGAGUAGUGAAAAGUCUUUCAUUUUCGAUAGAUGGAACGCAUAUAGCCAGUGUUGGUGAAGAUCGUGCAAUUUGUUUACAUCGCUUAGGUAACCAAAAAUCUGUAGCAGAACUUGCUGAAAGCAGCUGGUCAACCAGUCAGGAACUUCAAAAUGAAUGCAGCCAGCAAAAGGACUAUAAUGCAACAAUUGUAAGCGGGAAUUCCAUUUUAAGAGCUCCCGAAAAUAGGAAAAAUGGUGAGGAAGAAGACGAAAUUUUAGUAAGAGCGAGGAGAGAUUUGGAAGGAAUAAGUGACGAAGCAUCACCUGAAUGA